UUUCCGAACAGCGGCGCGUGGGAGAAUGGAGCGCAAGAGCUGCCUACGCACGGGAGUUGUCUUCCUUGUGAUUGCCGCGCUGCUGGCCAACUUGGUUGUGCUGAUGCAGCAGCAGAAGGCAGAGGCGCAACAGCAUGUGAUCGAAGAUGAGGCCAAACCGGCCAAUCUCGUCGCAGCGGAGGAGCAGGCUCGGCUGGCAGCCAUCGCCGAGCUCGAGGCCGCCAAGAUCCAGCUGCAAGACGCCACCGCCAAGCGCGCGGAGCUGGAGAGCGCGGCGAUAGUGGCAAAGAACCAGGUGGAGGACGCUCAGAAGGCACUCCUCGCAAUGCAGACCGAGCUGAGUGCUGCCACGCAGCGCGCCAACGACGCCCAGAAGCUGCUGGAGCAGCGGAACGGCGAGCUGUUCACCUUACAAACCUCAACGAGCGAGCUUGAGAGGCAAGCCAAGGCUGCUGCGCUCCAAACCAUCGAGUCGCUUCAAAAAGAACUCGAUGCGGCAAAGCUCGAAUCGGACAGCAUUCGAACGCAGCUGGAUGCAGCAAAGCUCGAGCUUGAGAAACAGCCCACGGGAGGCGUUGCCACACCGGUGUCGCAACCCGAAACGCACCCGUUGGCUGGCUACUUCCAGGACAUGGCUGCUGUCGCGCGCAUCUUCAUGUCCACGCCCAAGCCCGAGCAGCUGGCCAAGGAUGCACCUCGCGUCUUUAUCGAGUUGGCUGGCCACUUGCGCUCGCAAUCCAAAAACCUGGUCAACUUUGCUUCCCUUGUCGAGUCAUUCCAGCGCCAAGGGGCGAACGUUUUUCUGAGCGAGUACACCUGGACUCUCAUCGACGACAAUCAAGCCAAAACUUGGUGGAAAGGGGAUCCAGCCGGCUACGUCGAGGGGCAAACCGCACGGUAUGGACAACCUGUGGAUAUCAUUCGUGAGCAGAUCGAACCCGAGCUUGCUCGUCUCCAUGUGCCCUAUCUGAUCGUCGUGGGCCAAUCUGGCGAAGAGCGAGGCGAUGCACCAUUCAACCGUCUUCGCAGUUGGAUUGGCGCUCACCGGGCCACCAACAAACUGGCCAAAGCGCUGAACAUGAGCGAGCCGCGUCCAGACGAUAUUUUGAUCUUCACGCGUCCAGACAUCUUGCUCGACUCUAGUAUUGACCUCAGCACUCUCGCUCCCUACUUUCAGCGCAAUCCAAUGACGGCAUUUGUUCUGGGGCAUGUUCCCAACCAACCAGGAUCAAAGUAUGAUCCAUCCGACGUUAUCUGGAUUACUACACGCAGGGCUCAGGACGCGCUGAUGCACUCUGUACUGUAUCUCAACGAAGAAAACAAAGGACCAGGCGCAUACGGCGGCUCCGGACCCAUGCACCCUUUCCAAGUCAUGUUUUUCAAAUGCAGCCCUGUGACGGCUCGUUACCUGCCUUCCAGCUUCCGCAUUUUCAUCCAUCGGUUGCACGAUGAUAUGGUAGCCCUUCCACACCAGUCAACGCCAUACACUGGCGCCCACCCAGUCAACGCACCCAUCGAUAUAGUCAGCUCUCAGCAGUGUAAAAAGCCCUUCUUUGGAUACACACGCGAGAGCCUCGGUCCCAAGGAUGCAAACCACAAUGAAAUCACCUCCGUACUGCAAAUGCAACGCCAAAGCUCACCACUGACGGUCGAGAUCGCUACUCAAAAGACAACCUUUCGGUCACCCAACCUGGACGACCAGACUGACCAAGUUCUGUAUUGCCCCUAUCUGGACCCUGCACCUGGAUUUACUCCGGGGUACGAAGGCGUCCUUGCUAAGGGUGAGCUUGUUUCUCCUUAUAUUCUUUGAUGUCAAUCGCUUACUUGACGUCCAAUGUUUACAAACUGUUGACAUUAACCAUAAAACAUACAAUUCACUCUCGGCA